UAUUGCAUGUAUUUUUCCCAAAGGUCUCUGCGGUGCAUAACUGUGUGUCCCGUGAGAUCCAUCAUCCGAAUGCAUGGAGGCAACCUGUGGUGAAACUUCCAAGUAACUCGUGUUGUUCGGUGCAUUUGUGGCCAAUGAAUGAGCAGCAGCGCUGACGAUGCUGCCGAGCGCUGCCGGUCGACACGCCCCCAGCAUGGAUACAACGAGCAGGAACAGGCGCUCAGAAGACACACUCACUAUGCUGGAGAGUGUUUGUAGCCGAGAUGGGAGUUAACACAUCCAAGUUUCAAGAGGUCCUGUUACCAGCGUCGUUGCACUAAACAAAGACAUUGGGUUUCUGUUUUGUUUUUUUCCCUCUCGUCUUUGGCUUGUCUGCGUUUUUAUCUGAGGCGUUUCUCUCACAGGAUGUUGAUGAUAUUGGAAAGCCGGUUAAGAUCAUAAAGUCAGUUCUCUCUGAUGAGAACGAACCUCUUCCUCCUCCUCCUCCUCACCACCACCACACAAAGGGAACCACGGAACAAGUACUUUGUUUUUCACACGCCAUCAUUUUACUUUUUGAAUGUCAUUAAGAAGCAGAGGGGGCUGUUUCAAAGACAAAAUGGAUCAUUUUGCAGCAGAGUGCCUUGUUUCAAUGUCCAGUCGUGCAAUUGUUCACGCUCCUAAAGGGAAUAGGGAGAUUAAACCAGAAAUCCCGUCCUCCUCCAAGAACGGAGAGGAAAUUAAAGAGCCUUUGGUGAAAGAUAACUCUUCUAUUUUUGUGGUGGCGCGGAUUCUGGCGGAUUUUAACCAGCAGACUCCCAACAAUGUUGCCGAGCAGGCAAAAAUAAAGGAUGAGAGCAUGCCGAACCUCAUGGAUGAUGGAAACUCUGCCACACCUACCACCAUCUCCGAUCCUUCGCUCAAACAAAGAGGCAAAAGAUCGCGAGGUCGAACUGAGCAAGAGUCCCCUCAGAAAAAGCACAAAUGCGACUAUUCAGGUUGUGAAAAAGUUUAUGGCAAAUCAUCCCACCUCAAAGCCCAUCUAAGGACACAUACAGGAGAACGGCCUUUCCCAUGUACCUGGCCCGACUGCAGUAAGAAGUUCGCCCGCUCCGAUGAGCUGGCCCGCCACUAUCGCACCCACACGGGGGAGAAGAAGUUCGGGUGCCCGCUUUGUGACAAGCGAUUCAUGCGCAGCGACCACCUAAUGAAGCACGCCCGGCGCCACUCAGAUUUCCAGCCCGGUAUGCUGAAGAGGCCCCACGGCGGCAGCAGCGGCAGCACCACACGUCCCAGCUCCCUCAGCGACUACAGCCGCUCGGAUGCCUCCAGCCCCACCCUCAGCCCCGCCAACUCGCCUUAAACUGAAACCCAGUCGCACUUUCUGCCUCUGACCUACGAGGCCUGUGUUUUUGUCAUAACACUUCUGUUGCACAUUUGUCAGCAACCCCCUUUGCUAUUCCUGUGCUUGCUGUGGUGUACCAUACUGUACAUAAUUGCUUAUUGUAGUGCAAUUACUUAUGUGAUCCUAAAAGAAAGUAAUGCCUUUCCCAGAUGGCAAUAUUUACAUUCUGUACCAUAUGUCUGUAUUUUUUUAGCUUCGGAUCAUGGCUAGUUGUCCAAUGUAUGUUCACAGUCAGCUAAACAAGGUAUAGAAGAAAAAAAAACAGACACCCUGACAAGUCUUAUCAAAAUGUUUUGUUUUGUUUCUUUUUUUUUGAACGGGUGAGGAAAAAGGGGUACAUACACACCUCAGGAUUGAAGACAGUUGCUAUUUCUGUAAAACCACAGUACUUAAUAGUACUCACAUUGACUGCACAAUAUACUCAUCACUUUACUCUGAAAUUCAACGGGGGUUGAAUUUUACGCCCUGCUCAGGGAUGGCCUUGUUAGCUUGAAAGAAUGAACACGGUGAAGAGAAACAUACAAUACAUAUAUAGCAGCCUUACACUCAACACAAUUUGCACUCUUUGUUUUUGUUUUGAUUUUUGUUGGUUUUCACGUUCGAGGAAACUAGCCCUACGGUCAUACGGUCAGUCACACACAGAACUCAUGUUCUGCUCUUGCUUGUGUUCUGGGGGUUCAUAUGUAAUGUAAUUGCUGUGUAAUCGAUCCCCAAACCUCCACCUUAGUAAACAAAAUACAUCUGGUCCUCCACCACAACACUGGGUUAAAUACAGUAUGUAGUUCAUUAAACAGCGGCGUGCAGUAUAUACUGUGUAAAUCUGCAUUCUGGGAGGAUUGGGAUUAUAUUGGGUUAACAGUUUUUAUAAAUAUAGUCCGAUACUUAGACCCUUUAAAAAGAGACAGUUAAGUUUCAAAGCAGCUGUUCAUGCUUUUUUUAUAAAGUGCUGUAUCAUCAGCCAGUAUUUCACACAAAAUGGACACAAAGGGACUUUAGUUGAAACAAUGUUUAUCCCUCUUUCAAGCACAUAGGGGAAAGUACCAAAGACAAGAGUGAAUGAAAGCUUUCUAUUCAGUCUUGUAAGCCGCCCUUCAUUGAGGCCUGGGGCUGGUGGUUGGCAGUAUCACAGGUAGAGCCAGACAGCUUGCUCACUUCCCUCCUCCUGGCUUUGCCUUUUGUGGCCUCCCUGGAGGAAACAGCUGCAUCCCACAAGAAGCUAUUCACAGCCCGCGGAAGGAGUGCUAACAUGUCAUUCCUGUGGGAGUCCUCCCUCACCCAUCUGGCUCUACCUGUCCUGUCAGAGAUUGGUGAAGCUCCAAGCCUCCCUAAUUGCAUAAUAUUGCCUAACUUGGGGGUCAAAUAUAGGCCAGAGUGUUGGGCAGAGCUGCGACAUGGCAGAACACAGAGCGAACAAAGCGGCUAUCUGCAAUAGACAGGCGAGAGAGGGCAGGUCCUGAUAAAAGAGGAGAGGUUUAUCAUGAGCUGAGCAGCACAGAGAAGGAGACACCCAGUCGCAGAGACCCCCAUCUCCUCCACCUUCCCCCGACUCCCUCCCUCCAACAGUAGAAACUGUGAGUGGACAAAAUGGCUGUAAUUAGUGGGUUGAUUCAACCUGUAGGGUAAGAGUAGAAAGAAAAGUGUAUGAACAACAGUACUACCUAGACAACGCUAGCAGUGUGGGUGGGAGGUACCCAACUCCAUCAUAAGCACAGGGAGAAAUCCUCUACUACUGCUGGAGAGUCAAAUUUCACAAUGCCAAGGAAAAAUGUUGCUCCAAAUUCACAUCGAUAAACCAGAGCUCUGAAACAGCUGCUUUCAAACUUCUCUCUCGCAACAAGGGGGCUUUUAAACUGUUGUAAAAACAUUUGAACCAAAAUGAACAUAUCAGCGUGCAGUGCUCACCAGCCUCAUGUCAUCCUGCCUGUGAAGCUCAGAUGGCCCGUGAGAAAGCUGACUUGUGUUUCUAGACAGACAUGCCUCAAUAAGUCAGGCAAAAGGCACAGUAAACCUUCCAUGGACAUGGGCACCACUAUCAAAACUGCUGCAGCCCCGCUAGUCUGUGUUAUGCCUACAUUUUCGUUUAAUGCUUCAGCACUACGGCCAGAAAUAGUUUUAUCCGUGUAUGCAGUCCUGUCAGACCCCUCCAGACUGUUGUCAUCAUGUUUUGCAUGUGCUAGCUUCAUCCUACCGAGGACUCGACCGACUUCUGCCCUGUAGUCCCGUGCUUCACACUAUAUGCAUGUUAACAACUGCGCCUUGGAAGCGUAGAGGGUUUUUUGAGGCGGUCUGGCAGGUGUAAGUUCAUGAAUGGCGGGCCUUGUCCCUCGUUCUCCACAGCAGCCAUCUCUCUUUAAAGUUGUGAAGAAUCAGCUCUGUCACAUCCUCCAGAAAGAAAACAUCCCUUAUUUAGAUCGAAUGCAGUAGUUUCCUCUAAAACACCACAUGUUAGAAAAGAUGACACUUUGAAUGCCACUGAUCAGCAGCUCUUAGUGAAAGAAGCACUGAGAGGAUUUUACAUUUACCAUUUCUGAAAAAAGAAACUUUGAUUUUCACAAACAAAUUCUUCAAAUUGCUGUUGAGCAGCUUUUUGUGGUAUCUAUAUCCAUGACUUUUUUUUUUGUUAUUGUUAAUUUUUGACUUGGUUUGUAGUGUAACUUUCUUGCAAAAAAAAAAAAAAAAAAAUCUGAGUAGCUCACCCUCAAGCAGGUUUCAUUAAUCACUUCUUAAUCCAUAAUCUGCACAUUUACCUCAGGGUUGACAUCCGCAAAGCAGAUACGGGACAGUUUGUGGAUUUUUGUUGUAACAUCAGUUGCUGCACAAACGGUGUUCCUGGGUGCUUAGUGCUCACUGCUGGUCAGUGUCCGACCACACUGGAAACAGGAAUGCCUCCGUACGGGCCCAGCUCCUGCCUAUAAUGUCUUCAUAACAUCCUACAGUCCUGCUAUAUGCCUUUGUAAGCACUGGGCACUCUGGAGCUGUUGAAAUGCCCCUUUAAACACCUUUGACCCUUAGUGUCAGUGGACUUACAGUAGGCGACAGGAAGCUCCUACCAUCUGAAAAUACACCCACUGUGACAGUGUAAACAUCCGAGUCUAUCCAUCCAUCCAGACUGCACCAGUGACAUAUAGGCCUCCACAGGCAGAGUGUCUCAUAACUUAUAUUCUCACUGUACCAAAUCUACUUGAAUAAUUCAACACAAAAGGCCAUUGAACACAGUUUUAUACAUGUCCAUUUUUACUGUACUUGCUUUUGUUGUCAUAUAAUUAUUAACCUCUCUGGAGAAAGGUGUAUAGUUUGAUUUAUUUGGGUUUUUUUUCUAGAUUUUCAAUUGUCUUCAGGUCAUUUCAGCAACUCUUUGGGGUUUAUCACAGCAUUACGGUUGACUGUUUUUGUCGGACUGUUUAAAGGCACCGCAUUUUGUGAAAAAGAAUUUCAGCCCCAUUAAUGGGGUUCACCCCUUUAAUCAGAAACACUUAAUACUCUGUUGAUGUCAGGAUGCAGGUUAUUCCACUUAGCCUGUUAUCCAAAAAAUCCUCCAAGUCAGAGAAUGAACAGAUUGUUUCGGGUGAAAAAGAAACUUCCUGACCUCUAUGUACUAUUUCACAUGGAAUUACUAAUUUUCUUUAUUACUUAGAUUCUUUUGAAAGUUUUCCAUAAGAAUAGAGACCACAACAUUGUGAGUUAGCAACGUAGUCAUCAUUUUUAUUAUUGCUUUUUUUGUCUCAUAUGAAAUGUUUAAGCUUGUAUAUUUUUCAAAAAAAUCAUACCUCUUGAAAUAUUUGUAACCUUCAUAUCUUUUCAAAACAUCCAUCAUGUAGCUUAUGUUUGCUUGAAGAGUAGCACAAAUAAUUGGUGGUUUUAUUUGUCCCUACUUGAAUGAAGAAGAAAAGAAAGAAAGAAACUUUUUUUCUGUAAAGAAAAACAAAACAAAACACUGGGCUACAUUUUAUAUAAUAACCCCAUGUUGUCAGGGUCCUGCACAUCCUUGUAGAUUCAAAAAGUAAUCUUUCCAGGAAAUAAUAAAAUCUUAUUUUUUAUUAUUUUAUGUUACAAAAUAUUUAAAACAUCCAUUCCCUACUGUCUUAGUUAAACAUUUUCUAUGUGUGGGAUGAUGUCAGCUGUAAAUGACUAUGAAACUCCAUUUCAGCCUUUUUUUAAUCCAAUUUUAUGAUUGUAAUCCCUGUAAGAUUACAGAUUUCGACAUCUGUUAUAGAAAAAGGACUUUAAACAACGAUAAAAUGGAAAUACAAGGUUUCUACAAGAUGCUGACAGUGUACCUGUUAAUAUUUUUUUCUGCUAAUUGAUCAAGUGACUUGAUUGUUGCCUAGUAAAGAACUAACUUUAAUCUUAUUUAAAAAGUUAAUAUGAAUUAUGUCAAUAUAUCACUGAUCAGACCGUCUCAACUGAAAUCUUCAUGACUGAUCUCAACGUACAAGCAUGAGCGAUGCAAUUGUGUGCCAAAACUAUAAUGGUAACUUCAUAAAGAUGAUACAAAUGUUGAGGGUAAAAAAAAAACCUAGCUACUAUCAGACAUUUAACAAACCUGUACAGUUUUAUAAAGUGUGACAUGUUUUUAUGUAAUGUACAGUAAUAUUUCUUUUCUGCUUUAUGUAAACAUUUUGAUUGUGUAGCUUUGUUUUCAUUUGGUUCUUAUUUAAUUUUUUUCUUCUUUUUUUGCUGUACAAUACUCAAGCAUUGUACAAUGGCUUAUUAAAAGUAUUUUUGACAUAAACAAUCUUAAAGAUAAUGAGCGCCCAACCAUUCCAAAGGAUUGAAAAUUGCAUUUGCUAUAAAUGUGCUGCUUAUCGACCCAAUGCAUUUUUGUAGGUUAUGAAUAGAAGUCUGUCUUGACUGUGAGGUUUUACACGUUGUGAGUUGUGCACAAGGUACGUUUCUCAUUGUCAACAUUUCCCAGGUUUUAAUCUCUCCUUCUCUGCAGGCUCUUUGUGUAGGCUAAACCAAUUCGAAUGAACAACAUAAAUGCAAUAUUUCAAAGUAUUAUAAUCUAUAAUGUUUAAAAGUUAAGGACAUACAGAGCAUGUCUUCCCCUCAUGACAAAGGCCUGAGGUUUUUCUACGGUGGGGUUAUUGUUUAAGGGGCAGCCAUGAUUGGAGAGUGUGGUUCUUGAGCAGUGAGAAGUAGCUUUGAGUUCUCACAGCUUAUCAGAGGCUCCACAGUUACAAGUUGUUACCAAAGGCUUUGAAGGGAAAGAUGAAUGUUGCAGUAAUGUUGAGCCCAACCCAGUUUGGACCCCUGGGUUCAACUUUCUGUACUGUAGGUGUUGCUCAAUGGAUGUUGUGCUUAAUAUGGACCUUUUUCUACAUCUCAAAUAAGCAACCUCAUUAUUUAAAAAAAAAAUCACUUGAAUGAACAAAACCCAUUUAAUCAUACGAGCAAAUACAUUCUGAAUGAGUAAAAAGACACACAAAAGAGUGAGUAGCAACAUGCAGCAGCAGACUAUAUCUGUCUGUACCCUUCACUGACCAUGUGGUCUUGCUUGACUGCCUGAAGUGACACUGUGUGGCGUUUGCUCUUUACUCUAGAAAUGCACACUGACAAAAAGUCUUCUGCUCAAGUGUUGGACAUGUUUGUCCUGAAAGGGUUUGUCUGUUCAAGGGUUUUCCAGCACACAGUGCUGUGAAUGACCUCCCUUUUUGAUUACAGAGAGAGCCUCUCACCAGCCUUUUGGUUCUGUUUCCUGUACCUGUUUGUCCUCAACGUACCUCCUCAGUGUAAUGUUGCUCUUUUGAUACCUCUGUGUGUUUCUCCUCUGCCCAUCACCAUCAGUUGCCUGUUGUAGUGACUCCAUGGUGCUGCUUCCCCUCUCAGCACCAAUAUAAUCUAAUCUGUAAAUAACUCUCGACUCAGCUAUGGCCAGUACAUUCUCCUAUGACCUCACUCUAACCUUCAGGUGUCAUUUUGUUUUUUCUCUCUCAGCAAACCAAAAUCACUACAUUCAAGUAUUACAGUUGUACAGUUCCUUGGAUUCUACACACAUUCAAUGUGCUGGUCUUAGCUGCUCUGCUGUACCUUUUUAUGGCAUUAUUUUUUACAUGUUAGACAAUAUAUUGUGACCAUGUCCUAUGCAAAUAUGAAAAAUAACAGAUUGUUGAAUAAUGUAUGUUGUCAUAACUUGUAUGCAUGAAAUAGUGAAGUUUACAUUUGGAAAUAAAUUCAUAAAAUAAGCAGCUACAA